CCGGAGCCGAAGACCACUGUCUUCCUCGGAAACCUUUUCUACGAUGUUACGGCUGAGGACCUCAAGAACCACUUUGCCCAGUUCGGUGAGGUGCGACGGGUGAACCUCAUCAUGGAUGGACGUGGAAUCAGCAAGGGAUUCGGCUACUUGGAUUUCGAUUCGAUAGAGUCGGCUCAGCGCGCCAUCGAAGAGAUGCACAUGCGUAUCUACGAGGGACGCCGUAUCAGCGUCAUGUAUGCGCAGACCAAGAUGAGGAGGCCCAUUUCCUCGCCCCCCUCCAAGUCGCUUUACAUUGGCAACAUGCCCUUCGAGAUGACCGACCGUGACCUCAAUGAUCUGUUCAGCGAUAUUCCCGGUGUGAUCGACGUGCGCGUGGCCAUUGACCGUCGCACCGGUCAGCCCCGCGGCUUCGCUCACGCUGAUUUCGUCGAUCUGGAGCACUCGCGCGAGGCUAAGGAAAUCCUCAUGAACAAGAACCCCUACGGCAGGAAGCUGCGCGUCGACUACAGCUCCAAGCACAAGGGUAUCAACGACCCUAAAGGAGAGAAGACGGAGAACUCGGAGGUGCCUCUUGACCAGGAGUAA